AUGGUGCAGUGGAGGCUGGAGUUGGCGAGAUCCAUGGAGAAAAUGUUGGGACUGAAGCUGAGUGAAGAUUUGGUGCUGGCGACGUCGGUGGCGUUUAAUGCUUCUUUCCUUCAUUCUCUCUCAAACGGUUUCUCUAGAUUCUUCUCUCCCGAGAGCGGAGCAAAGCAUAGCAGUUACUACAGCGUCGUGUCGCCUGUGAGCAGCCGCUGCUGUCCCAUGUGGAACAUCACAAACCCAAUCACCGCUCAACCUACACAGGGAAACAGUGCUUCCAAAUCACCAUUCCGAAAUUAUGGACAACAAAUUCUGGAGCUCCAAAAUGAAUAA